AUGGCAGUCACGAACUUAAGGUGCAAAACCAAAGAUUUCACAGCUCUCUUGUAUUGUUUUCGGAAAUCCAUCCACUUGUUAUCACAAAUGUCACGUACAGUUUUUCCUAACUGACAGUAAUUCCGUUGAAGACAUGAAAUGCGUGACAGACAUUGCUCUCUUUCUGAUCUUCGCCUGUAUCGUGCAGCAGUUCGCACAGGUGUACAGUCUGAGAGACAGAGGGAGGAGAGCGCAGGCAGAUGGGAAGGGGAAGAGAAGAGGUCAGCGGAAUGAAAGUGGCCUGAAAGGGAGAUUCUCGCUGAAGGACGGAGCGCGGUGCUCGUGGCGCGCGGUGCGCGGGGAUGAUGCGUUUGUAUUGGGAGUCACGUGUAAAACCGGGGAAAAGAUUUUCGGCUGCGAAUAUGUAGCGAAGCCCACAGCAUGUCAACAAUACGCAUCCAAUACCAAAGCAUACUGGAAACAGAUCUCCCGUUCUCUGAAAAAGCAGAGGAAAUUGUGUCGCGACUCUACUGCGAUGGUCAAAGCCGGUAUGUGCCGGAGCGCGCCCGCGGAAGCGCACUUCAGACUGAAGGACACGCGGCCCUCCUCCAGAGUCCCGUUACCGACAACCGCGGGGAAGAAUCACUGUCCUAACCGGAUCGAGAGGCUGAGAGUGGCCGAAGAAUACUGCAGCAGCGCCUGGUCUUCACUGUGUGCAUUCCUCUUCUUGAUGCUUGAGAAUGAUGAAUGCUCCUGAUUGACUCUGAAAAUACUUUUUCAAGGCAAUUUUAUAUUAUAUUAAUUUCUGAAUGAAAUUAACUUAUUGCACUACAUUUUUUCCCUAUUUUGUGAUUCACUAUUAGCAUUUUAAAUUAACUUUACAUAAAUAUGGCCAUCAUCCAAAGAAAGACAUUAAUUCAGAAGCUGGAGGUUCAUACCAAAAUAUGAUACAGUGUAUUUACAUUUUGGUUUGCAUAAUAUGAAAGUAAUAUGGUGACAAAAAUUGGAGGUAAAAAAAUCUGUGGUUCUUCUGAAACCGUCUGCACAAGAAAAUAAAACCUGAGAUCACCUGUGGGGAGAAGCCAAUGGGCUCCACGAUAUAAAAUGUCUAAAGAAACUUACUAACUAAUGUCUUGUCAAAUGAUGUCUAAAUAAUGAACAAAAAUGUGUAAACAUUUGUUUGACAUACCUAUCAAAAUUCAAUACAGUCCCCAUCGUGACAGAAAAAACAAAAUGUGUGUUUGUAUGUUUGGUAUCUAGAGAUAUGGUUGAAAUGGAAAUGAAAUGAAUACUGGUGUUUGUAAUCGUACUGAGUGAUCUCUGGAAUAAAAUGGCUAAGGGUU